CGUCAAAGUUGUAUGAUCACGACCUCGAGACACUGCUGUUGGCUGCCACUUUCUGUACGGCACAAAACAACACAAACAUUCUGCCCAGAAUGAGGGUCUUCGGCUUCGUCCUUUUAGCAUUGAGCCUCGCAGGAAUCGCCCUGGCAUGGACUAAAGAAGAUCAUGAAAUCUUCGACCUGGUAACAGCUCUGGAGACCGCCGAGGGCAAGGGGACGUCGUUCUACUCGUUCUUGAAUGUCACCCCCAGUGCUACGCUCGAUCAGAUCAACAAGGCUUAUAGGAAGAGGAGCAUGGUGUUGCACCCCGACAAAAAUCGUAACGUGCCCGAUAUCCAAGCUCGAUUCGCUCGUCUUGGAGUCAUCACGAACAUUCUGCGAAAUUCGGAAGAGAGGGCUCGAUACGAUCACUUCUACAAGAAUGGCAUCCCUCGAUGGAGAGGAACCGGCUACUACUACUCUCGUUUCCGACCUUCCUUGGUCCAUGUCCUCGUCUUUUUGGCCUUCCUGACUUCUGUCAUUCACUACGUCAUCCUCUACAUGCGAGAGAAGAGGGACCAAGGUCGGGUCGAGUGGUUCGAGAGGAGGGCUCGUGAAUUGGCUUUCCCCGGUUUGACCUCUGGAGGUAGCGGUACCAGCACCCCUCUGCCCGUUGAAAAGGCCGAAGUCGUCGCCGACGUCUUGGGACAGCUCGAUUCCGCAGAAGUUGAGACCCCUACCGAAGCCGAGCCCAAACUCACCCGUCGUCAAGCCCGUUCCCGUGAGGGUCGCAAGGAGCUGGCCAAGUUCAAGACCGAAAAAGAGCAGCCGGCGCAAAAGGCUCGACCUGUCACCCCGGUCGUCGCCGAAACGAGCGAGAAACGACGCAAGGUUAGGGUUCCUUAUGUCGAGGAUGGUCCUCAGGGUGGACCCGUGCUUGAUCUUGUGGUCAACGGGGAUGGGGAUGUAUUGCUCCCUGGAGACAUCCCUCUCCGAUCUCAAAUCCGAGCUGCGUCUUACAAUGACCUGUGGCCAGUCGCUCUCGCUCGCUCAAUUUACACCAAGUUCAACUCACCCUCUGCUACCGCGGAGGAUGCGGACGAGAUCGACGAAAAUGACGAGAUGGAAACCUCGACUGUGGCCAAGAAAUCCGGACGAAAGGCCAGCAAAAAGCCUCGUUCGUUAGCGAAACGAGGGGUGAACGGCAAGAACUGAACGGGCUGUAUCGAUCGUUGAACAAUGAACAUGCAUACCCUUUCAAUAGCGUCUCCAAA